AUGUCCCAACCAGGCCACGAUCUGUAUUGGUCGCCAUCGGAUGAAGCAUACAGCUCGAAGCCUGCGCCAGGGAAAGGCUCAGCUGUUGAGGAGGGCAAAAUAGUGUCACUUGAUCCGGAUGAUGUAAUGGAUUGUGAGGACGCGCUUGCUGAGGUGAAUUCCACACCUGACCCCGGCGCCGAAGCUGUGAGCGAGCUCGAGCUACUUCCGAAGAUACCCUCAGAUGGUGAAGGAACGUUCGCAGUCGAUGAAGUGGCAGAUAUCGAGCCGGAUGAACUUGUGCCAGAUAGCGACAAUGCAUUGCUUGGCUCGGUUGCUUGGCUGCCAGAAGGCAGAGCAUUCGAGCUCGACAAGCUGUCAGAUCCAGAGAUUGGCCCAACAGUGUUACUGAGCGUCGCAGCGCGAGACGUUGAAGAGGCACCCUGGGAUGCCGUUGAUAUAGAGCCCGGUGAUGAGAGACCUGAGGACGUGCCGCUCGUGGGCAGCGAAUCUGUGGGCUGCAGUGGGCUGUUCGUUGACAGCGCUCCACUGUUUGGAUUCGAGUUGACACUGCUCGAACUGGGUUGA